AUGGCUCGUGGCGCAAAGCGUACCCUCGACGAGAUCGCCAUCAAGUCCGACUCUGAGGAUGAGGACUACAGUGACCAUGGUCGCUCUGCGCGCUCGACUGGCAGGAAGACCACUGGCCGCAAGACGACCGGCAAAAAGUCAAAGGCGGGCUCCAGGAAAAAUUCACGACGGGGGCCAAAGAGGAGACGACGCGACUCCGACGACGGAAUUACCUCGGACGGCGAAGAGUCAUCCGAGGUGUCUGAGGACCUCGAAUUUGAUGAAAUGGAAGAGGACUCCGACGAUGUUCAAGUCGAACGGAAUGUCAGAGGAACGGCGCGUCGACGCACCACGCAGAGCCGUCCUCCGCUCUACCAGGAACCGGAUUCGGAAGAAGACCUUGUCAACGACGAUAGCGAAGACGCGCAUGGCGAAGACGAGCAUGGCGAAGAUGAGCCCGGGGCUCCCUCUCCACCCAAGAGUACCAUCAUUAAGCUCAAACUUCCACCCCGCUACUUGGCUCAUACCAAACGCGUGACCCGCCACACCCGUGAUGGCUCAGAGGAUAUCUUCGCCCUCACUAAUUCUGGUCGUCAUGUUCAAACAAUCGAGCAAGGUACACGUAGCCCAGACAUGGAAAUCUCAACACACCAUGUCACCCGAGUCGGCCGCAAGGCCACGCGUACGAUCAUCGAAGAUGAAGACGAAGAUGAGGUAAUUAACGAGACCACUAUCCAGGGCUCGCAAAUGGAGAUACUAGAAAGCGAUGUGCUCCAAGGUGGCGCUGACGGUGACACCUUGCCGGUGAAUGAUGGAGACAACCAUCCAAUUGACCAAGAAAUGCUGGAUGAAGAACACGUCGUCCCCGAAUCGGAAAACGGCGAUGACAAGAAUGUCCAGACCGAAGAACCCGGUAAGCCGUCAACAACCCACCGCCCAGACAGGCUUUUCCAAGAGCAAUUCAUUGACCAAGUGAUAGCAAACGCGGAAUCUCAGCCACGUCGAUCUAGCCGCAAGCAGCUACUCCGAGGCUCACAGCGUAAGAGCAAAGAUGAAGAAAGCGAUUUCGAACCAGAGGAAGAGGUUUCAAAUGACGAGGAGGAAGAUUCAGAGCCCGAAGCGCGAGCCCCUUCCCGUAAAGAUUCUCAAGCUCACGAGGAAGCCGAGGACAGCUCUGCUAGUCGGCGCCCUGGCCUGCGCCAGCGGCGUGCUCUAACCCGUGCUCCCACUGAGGAGGCGGAAGAAUUAGCAGAAGAACUUGAAGACUUGACAUCUGGCCGGCUACGUCGCCGUGCGAAGCAAACGACAGUCGUAUACGAGAAGCCGCGUCGUAACCGAAAGGAUGUCGAUUAUCGUAUCAUUCGGCCUGAGAUCCUCCAACCCUCUGAAAGCAGCGACGGCGAAGUGGCUGCGUCUCCAUCUCGGCGUGGUCGUGGGGGUGGUGGAUGGCAGCGCACUUGGUUUUCCACAGAAGGCCCCUUUGGUGGCACCGGUAAUACAGCCAUCCUCGGUGGUUCUGGGGGUCCUACCGCAGCUGGAGGAGUGGACAGCGAUAGCAGCGACGACGACGGUGGUCAACAGCCAAACCGUACUGGUCUCGUCGCUACUCACAACCACCCAGGUGACCCGGCCCAGGCCUCUUCCGGCGCGCCCGCAAACCUCGGCAAGAUAACUAACAGCAAGUCUUUGUCUGACAUAGACCCUCUGGGGGUGGACAUGAACAUCAACUUUGAUCAGGUUGGUGGCCUGCAAGGGCACAUCGAUCAGUUGAAGGAAAUGGUUUCUUUGCCGCUCUUGUACCCCGAGAUUUUCCAGCGUUUCAAGAUCACUCCUCCUCGUGGUGUCUUAUUUCACGGUCCUCCUGGUACCGGAAAGACGCUCAUGGCUCGGGCUUUGUCCAACAGCGUCAGCUCAGAAGGACGCAGAGUCACAUUCUACAUGCGAAAGGGUGCAGAUGUUAUGAGUAAAUGGGUCGGUGAGGCUGAGCGACAGCUUCGGCUUCUCUUUGAAGAAGCUCGCAAGAACCAGCCUAGCAUCAUCUUCUUUGAUGAAAUUGACGGGUUGGCUCCCGUGAGAUCGAGCAAGCAAGAACAGAUUCAUUCAUCGAUUGUCUCAACUCUACUUGCAUUAAUGGACGGUAUGGAGGGUCGUGGUCAAGUGGUCGUCAUCGGCGCUACCAAUCGACCUGACUCGGUCGAUCCUGCUCUUCGCCGCCCUGGUCGCUUCGAUCGUGAAUUCUACUUCUCAUUGCCCAAUCUCGAGGCUCGUCGCGCCAUUCUUGACAUUCACACUAAAGAAUGGAACCCACCCUUGCCCAGUAACGUCAAAGACGAGCUGGCAGCGAUGACCAAAGGAUAUGGCGGUGCUGAUUUGCGAGCACUUUGCACUGAGGCUGCAAUCAAUGCCGUGCAGCGACGAUACCCGCAGAUCUACAAAUCAGACCAAAAACUCGUGAUUGAUCCAAAAACAAUCGAUGUCGUCCCCAAAGAUUUCAUGAUCGCAAUCAAAAAAAUAGUGCCUUCUUCAGAACGAUUUUCCUCGUCUGGCGCCACUGCUCUUCCUCCAAACAUUGAACCCCUUCUUCGCCAACCAUUGUCUGAAAUCAAGAGUCUGCUCUCGGAGAUUCUGCCGCAGCGAAAGAAGCUUACUGCUCUCGAAGAAGCUCAAUAUGAGGAGGUCAAUGAUGGUAACGGCUUCAGUCGAGAACUCAUGUUGCAGGAAUUCGAUCGCUCGCGUGUCUUCCGACCCCGACUGCUGCUCCGGGGACCCCACGGCAUGGGCCAACAAUAUCUCGCGGCCGCGCUCUUACAUGUGUUUGAGGGCUUGCAUGUUCAGGCCUUCGACCUUCCUACAUUGCUCAGUGACUCAGGCCGCUCCGUAGAGGCGGCUGUCAUUCAGCUGUUCACGGAAGUCAGGCGCCAUAAGCCAAGCGUCAUCUACAUUCCCAACAUUCACCUAUGGGUCCAGACUGUUGGACCUGCCGUGAUUUCUACGUUCAUGGGCCUUUUGCGGUCGUUGCCUCCUUCUGAUCCGGUUCUCUUGCUUGGUAUCCUUGAAUCGUCAGAGGAGGAUGUGGAUACCAACCUUCUCAAGCACAUGUUCGGAUUCUCCAAGCGAAAUUUGUAUGACCUGUCUGCUCCAGACCAUAAUGCGCGUCAUGAAUUCUUUGGAAAAAUCGUUGAGUUUGUCAAGACUCCUCCAAAGCAUUUCCCAGAACCUGAAAACCGCAAACUCCGUCAGUUGGAAGAACUGGAGGUUGCGCCGCCCCCGCCUGCGAAACCCGAGCCGGAACUUACUCAAGAGGACCUGAAGGCUCAGAAGAGGAAGGACAACUACACCUUGAAUCUCCUGAAAAUCCGAAUCCAGCCCGUGAUGGAUCAACUCAAAAGAUACAAACGUUUCAAGUCAGGUGUAAUCGAUGAAUCUCAAAUCCGAUACCUGUUGGACGAAGCAGAUCCCAACAUUGUUACUACUGAUCUUCCUCAUGACCCAGAAAACGCCUACCGGCCUUACGAAAAAGCAUACGACAAACGCGGUGUUGCGGGCCUCCGCGAAACCGCCACUGGGAAAUUCUUUUACAACCUGGAUCUUGUCACGAUCGAGAAGCGCCUUUCAAAUGGAUAUUACAAACGCCCUGAGGAUUUUGUGGCAGAUAUCAAGCGAUUGGCCAAAGAUGCUCGACAGACCGGGGAUCCGGAACGCAUUUUGCGAUCGAAGGAGCUUGUGGCGAACGUCGAGGUUGACAUGACCAAUAUCACGACGGCUGAACCGGCUCUUGUGGCAGAGUGUGAGAGGGUUUAUCAGCGCGAGCUGGCUCGCGAGAAGGCGGCGGCUGAGCGCAGAGAACGUGAUCUGGCGAACACCGCAACUGCUACCUCCACUGAGUCUGACCAGAAGGCCCACGGUAAUACUGAGCUGGGUCCAUCACUUGGCCCCGUUCACCCCGUCUUGGUCCCCACCAAUGGCGACGAUGAGAAGGCACUAUCCCGUCCUGUCACCCCGGCAAACAAGUCCAAUUCGACCUUCGGCAAUGAGGAUCCGUCUCGUGUUGCCGACGCGGCCACUGGUUCCCAUGGUGACGGAGAUGGCGACGUCUUCAUGUCCAAUUCUGAUGACCACUCCGGUAGCAAGGAUACCCAGGGAAGCUCAUUCGGCCCAUCUGCACAGCCAAAGCCUCCUUAUUCGCACACAGCCCCUUCUCAGCAGAUUCGCCGAGAAUCUGGUCUUUCUAGCUUCUCUCAACGGGGCCCUAUGACUCCAAUGGCUCCCGGAUCUCAGCCGGCCGAUUACGUCAAUGAAGCGUCCACCACUCAGACCACUUCUGAGAAGGUCACGUCUGAGAAUCUCUCCAAUCAAACUUACCAUACUCAAAGUCCUCAUGUUUCAAGAAUCGAUUACCCUGAUCUCACCCAAUACCCAGACCGCGUGUCACAGGAAGAUCAGUUGCCCGACACUCAGCAGGGCGAUAGCAGCCAGCCUUCUCCACGUCCCCGAGACUCGUUGCUUAGCAACGUCGAUACCCAGGAGAACAGCGAUCUCAUCGAAAGCCAGUCGCAGUCGAAGCCGCAGCCUCCGCUCUUCCAUGAACCCAGUAUGCCAGCUGCUGAUGCUUCGAACAAACCACAACCCAUGCCGAAUGAAGAGGCCCACGAGCCAUUGAUCCUUGAUCUUGAGGUUGUUGAACGUCUGCACACGCAGCUGACUCUGUCGACCAGCGGGUUCUCAGUUGAGCAGCUGGAGCAGAUCAACACCAGUUUGAUGGACUAUGUGUGGCAGAAGCGUGGGGAAUGGAACCGAACUCACGUCGCCGACGGCCUCGGCAAGACCUACAAUGCAGUGCUUGAAGACAUGCAAGAAAUGCAGGAGAUCGGACCGAUUAGCCAACAAACCAAGGACAUCUUGGCUAAUCUGAGCUUCCAGUGA